AAACUCUUCCUGUAAAAACUUGGAACCUCAGAGCAGUCCAUUCCGUCGUCAGUGAGUUGCUGUGAAGUUUUAACGCGUCUGUCCGGGAAAAAUGAGCGACAAAGGUCUGUCAGACGAGGAAGUCACUAAAGCUUGUGCGGAUGGACACCCUAUAACUAAGGAUUUUAAGAUGCAGCAGACGAUGCUGCGGAUUAAAGAUCCAAAAAAAUCUCUAGAUUUCUACACCAGAAUCCUCGGCAUGACGCUCCUGCAGAAGUUUGACUUCCCCUCUCUGCGCUUCUCCCUCUUUUUCUUGGGCUAUGAGGACAAAAAUGAUAUUCCUACAGAUGUAAAGGAGAGGACUGGCUGGACUUUCUCCAGACGAGCCACCAUUGAGCUGACACAUAACUGGGGCUCUGAGUCUGAGGAGGGUCAGUCUUAUCACAAUGGAAACUCUGAUCCCAGAGGCUUUGGACACAUCGGAAUUGCAGUUCCGGACGUAACAGCCGCUUGUGAACUGUUUGAAAAGCAAGGAGUGACGUUUGUCAAGAAGCCAGAUGAUGGUAAGAUGAAAGGCCUCGCCUUCAUUCAGGAUCCUGACGGCUACUGGAUUGAGAUCCUGAGUCCAAACAACAUGGUGUCCAUUACCUCAUAAAAAAAAAAACAAAUGGAAUGUGACCAGGCCGGAUCUGCUGUAGCUUCACUGAGGAAGAGGGCAAACCAUUGGGAUUUAGUGAUGCAUUUAGUAAACUGUACCGGAGAGCAGAGUGGGAAAUGGAGCAGGAUCAGUUGCACGUUGGCAGUCAGUGUGCCUUUGCAUGAGCUGGACUAAUAAUCUGGGUGGACGACUAAAUAGGUGACAUAUUUUUUUUGAGUUGACCUGCUCGGUGUAGCUGGUAUUCUGCGAUAGGUUUGUAUGAUUUCAGAAUAAAAAAACAAUGUUAAUGUGCAAUAAACGUGAAACCUG